AUGGAGCGUCGCCUUCUCAAUCGCUUGAAAGGGUUCUUGAGUUUUCGCCUAGCCGUUUGUGUAUCACUGUUCGGGAGAGAGGAUCGCCGUUCAUUGGAAGGUGGGUUGGCACUGUGCUGUGUGGAUGUUGUAUCAGUGGACAAAGAAUGCCGUUUCCUGCUGGCUUUGGUUUUCUUCUUCUUGCCUUGUCCUCCUGUUUUCUUGCUUUGUCCUGGUGCCAUAAUGGAAUGUCUCCUUGCAUACAGUGAGUUUCUGUAUGAGCUGACAUCGUCGUCAUUGGUGGUUGAGUGUCUUGUCUGUGGCAUUGAAGGGGCUGCUCUUAGUUUGUUUCUUCAAAGUUUAUGGAUUUUGAUGCCUGAUGAUGGCCUUGGCUGGAAGCAGGUCCAGCCAUGGCGCGACUGGGAAUCGGGACCAGUGAUCUUUAAGAUCUGUGGAUCAGAUAAGUCGUGUUUACGAUCAGUGACGUCAGUUUCAUGA